AAGGGAGCGGGUUUUUAGGACAUAUUUUCGGAGGAAUUUUGCAUGUUUCACGAGAAUCCCGGAUCUCGUGGAAAACUCAGAGGUAGCUGGAAGAGAAGCGGACGGCCUCAUUCGGAGAGAGACACAAGGAAGCGCCCGCUCGCCCCCUCGCGAGAGCGAGAGGUGCACUCUCGACGGCCACGGCGGCUGCAACGUGACCGCGGCACCACGUGACGCGCGUGGCCAAUGGAUCGGUCGCGGAUCGGCGGUCACGUUGCACUCGGCGUGGCUAGAUCGCCCCCGCACGCUUCUGCACGCUGCCCCCUCGUCUAUCGGCCCCGCGACUAUCGCGACUAUCGUGUUCGCAUAUGCGAUCGGCUGUUAGCGCGGUGAGGUGCAAUUUUUCUUUCGCUCGUCGGUCUCGCUCGUCCGUUCGUCAUCUCGCGCAUCGCCGCACGCGAAAUAAAUAAAAGAAAGAAGAAAAGAGAGGAAGAGAAGAACGUACGAGGGUGCGAAGAAGCGCGCGAUCGCGUGAUGAAAGUGCGAGUGAGUUUCCUUCGCUGCGAAUUGACGCGCGGAAUUCUCAAUUCAGUGAUCCGCGAUCGCGCAAAAACGGUGAGUCAUUAUCGCGUAUAAUGUAAUAUUUGAUCGAUAUUCGCCUGAAGUUAGACAGUCGGCUUUUCGUGUCGAAUGACGGAAUGAUUAGCGCGAGGAAACUGAGAAUGAUGCGUAGCGACGCGGACGCGUCAGCGAUCUAGCGAGAUCCGCGAGUGACUCAUUGAUUCGGUAAAUUCUAUUCUCGAUCGAAUUCAACAUUCGAUCGCUUUCGGUUAUACAAUUGAGUAUAGUGGAGGAUUCUCGUAGCCGACGUCUCGUGAAUGAAUUCGUGAAGCGAUUCGAUCGAAUCCGUGGAGGAGAAAUGAGUGCUACGAUCGGCGUGCUACGCCGCGGCUGAACUGCUGUCGUGAAUUUGAUUUUCUCGAUCGAUCGAUCUUGCCCGCUCGCUGAGAAUCUGAGAGCUGGAUUGGCCGUGGGGCUUCGCGCGCGGCCUUGCUAGAAAUUCACGACGGUCGCAUCGCGACGAUGCGCGCUUCAUCGCGAGGCUGCCCACGGAUUUCUGCGGUUCAUCGGCGACAGGUCGCUGCGCCUCGGCUGAUCUCUUCCUAAUCUGACGCGCUUUCACCGCUCGUCGUACUUCCAGUAAGAAGGGGGUUCGAGGAAAGAUGACGGGAAGUGGUAAUAACGAGAUGAACCAAGGGGUGGCCUCGGGAAUUCGGGGUGACGGCGGGAAGCAUACGGUUCAUUGGUUCCGUAAGGGACUCCGUCUGCACGACAACCCCUCGCUGAGGGAAGGCCUCGCGGGGGCGUCCACUUUUCGGUGCGUCUUCGUGCUGGACCCCUGGUUCGCCGGAAGUACCAAUGUUGGCAUCAAUAAAUGGAGGUUCCUGCUGCAAUGUUUAGAGGACCUGGACAGUUCCCUGAGGAAACUAAAUUCCCGGCUGUUCGUGAUCCGUGGUCAGCCGGCCGACGCGCUCCCCAAACUCUUCAAAGAAUGGGGCACGACGAACCUGACUUUCGAGGAGGAUCCGGAACCGUUCGGCCGCGUCCGAGAUCACAAUAUCUCAGCCCUCUGCAAGGAGCUCGGUAUCUCGGUGGUCCAGAGAGUCUCGCACACCCUUUAUAAACUAGACGAGAUCAUAGAGAGAAAUGGUGGGAAACCACCGUUGACCUAUCAUCAAUUUCAAAACGUCAUCGCCGGCAUGGACCCGCCGGAACCGCCGGUAUCGACGGUGACUGCCGCUUGCAUCGGCAGCGCUUACACACCCCUGAAAGACGACCACGACGACCAUUACGGGGUGCCCACCCUCGAGGAACUCGGCUUCGAUACGGAAUGUCUGCUGCCUCCUGUGUGGGUCGGCGGCGAGAGCGAGGCCUUGGCCAGGCUCGAGCGUCAUCUCGAGAGGAAGGCUUGGGUGGCGAGCUUCGGCAGACCGAAGAUGACACCGCAGUCCCUGCUGCCGAGUCAGACCGGGCUAUCGCCUUAUCUACGAUUCGGAUGCCUCAGUACGCGAUUGUUUUACUAUCAGCUCACCGAUCUGUACAAGAAGAUAAAGAAAGCGGUGCCGCCGCUGUCGUUGCACGGACAGCUUCUCUGGCGUGAAUUCUUUUACUGUGCCGCAACGAAGAAUCCGAAUUUCGAUCGGAUGCAGGGCAAUCCGAUUUGCGUGCAGAUACCGUGGGACAAGAACGUGGAGGCGCUCGCAAAGUGGGCGAACGGUCAAACAGGAUUUCCAUGGAUCGAUGCGAUCAUGACGCAGCUGCGGGAGGAGGGUUGGAUACAUCACCUGGCCAGACACGCGGUGGCUUGUUUCUUGACCAGGGGCGACCUUUGGAUCUCAUGGGAGGAAGGAAUGAAGGUAUUCGACGAGCUUCUCUUGGACGCCGAUUGGUCCGUUAAUGCCGGCAUGUGGAUGUGGCUGUCGUGCAGCUCGUUCUUCCAGCAAUUUUUCCACUGUUACUGCCCCGUACGAUUCGGCAGAAAAGCGGAUCCGAACGGCGAUUAUAUCAGGCGCUACCUGCCGGUGCUGAAGAACUUCCCGACCAGAUACAUCCACGAGCCCUGGAACGCGCCGCUCAGCAUCCAACACGCCGCCAAGUGCAUCAUCGGCAAGGAGUACUCGUUGCCGAUGGUGAACCACAGUAAAAGCUCGCGCAUCAAUAUCGAGCGGAUGAAGCAGGUGUACCAGCAGCUGAAUAAGUAUCGCGGCAACGGAACCUCGUUCAAGGGAAAGAACAUCGGCUUGCUGAACGCAUUGCUGGCACCUCCGGCGAAGGAUAGCGACGAAGAGAAGAGGAAGCAGGACUCGUCGAAUCAAAAGAACGAGCAGAAAAUGGAAACCAUCAGCAAUUCCACGCAACAGCAACAACAGCAGCAACAGCAGCAGUAAUAACGAUAGUCGGUAUAGUGAUCGGGAGGAUACGAUCUGUGACAACGGUGACGUUAUCCUCUUUAUAAAUUUUACUGAAAGCAACUGUUGCAAAGUGAAAAUUGCAAUUGUGAGUUCUAAUCAUUUCGAUUAACCCUUAACCCGAGAAGACUCGUUGAUUAUGAUUGACAUAAUCGAUUAUCACCUCAACUGUUUUCCAACAUUAUUGAUAAUUAGCCAUUUAGCACAUUACAUACAAAACAAAAAAAUUAAGUCUGAUAUUAGAAAUAUAUAUGAAAUUUUUAUAUUCUCUUUAUACUUUAACGACUCGGACGAUUGUUAAGGAUUAAUUGUAAAAUCGAUAUUGGAAAACACGUGAGAUAGCCGAGGAGAAUUGCACUAUUUUUUUAACAUUUACAGAAGGGGUAAUAAAUGUUUUAGCGGACAAAUUUAGCGAGCGUGUCGCACGAGCGAAUCUAAUGUCUUCGCCUACGGCGAGAUUAUCGUUACAAUUUAUAUAUUUUGUCACAUUUACACACAACCCAUAUCCAACUUUAACAAUGGUUCUCGCGUAUCGAUUAACAAUUGUAUCGUUUAGACCUUUUCUAGUGUAUAAAUUAUUACAUUAUCGAUUGGUAAUUGUACAUAACAAAUAUAAUGUUGCAAAGGACAUUAUUAUCCGCGU